UCUGUGAGCCGUCCUGACCGCAAAGUUACCAAGACCCAGACACCAAACCUGUGCCUUGUGAGUGUUUUGAUCUCUGCUAUAGUUUAUAAGAUACAGGACUCACUCUGUAUCUCACACCAAAGCCACCGAGGACACAGCAAGUUUGGCAUGAUGAGGGUGAUGUUUGGGACUUUUCCAAUCAAAGACAGCCAGUAUGCCUCUUUGUCCAGCAUCACUGUGGCACUGCUUCUUCUUACCCUUCUCCUGAUGAUCCUCAAGGCCCACAAGAGUCACAGAUAUCCUUUCCAACUCCACCAUUGCUCCCAGUUGGACUACAUGAAAUACCCCCCUCCUCCUGGUCCCACACCUUGGCCCCUUGUUGGGAAUCUGCUCCAGAUGGGUGACCAGAUUCAUCUCUCUUUUACCUGCUUAAGGCAACAGUAUGGAGAUGUUUUCAAGAUGCGCCUUGGCUCUUUGACUGUUGUUGUCCUGAGUGGGUACACCACCAUCAGGCAGGCGCUGGUUCGACAAGGAGAGGCUUUUGCUGGAAGACCUGACCUGUUCACCUUCUCUGCUGUAGCCAAUGGGACCAGUAUGACCUUCAGUGAAAAGUAUGGACCUGCUUGGAUGCUGCAUAAGAAGCUAUGCAAGAAUGCUCUCAGGUCCUUUUCACAAACUGAGCCCAGGGGAUCUGGUGCCACCUGUCUGCUGGAGGAGCAUGUAUGUGCUGAGGCUGCAGAAAUGGUGGAGGUGAUUCGAGGACAGGCUGUGAAGGGAAAACUGAAACAAGAAAAUGGCCCAGAUGUAGCAGGAAUAGAUCCAGUGAUGCCUAUAGUUACCUCAGUGGCAAAUGUUGUGUGUGCCCUUUGUUUUGGGAAAAGGUAUGAUUACAAUGACAAGGAGUUUCUCACAAUUGUGCACAUCAACAAUGAAGUUCUGAGGAUCUUUGCUGCAGGGAACCUGGCUGACUUCUUCCCUGUGUUUCGUUACUUUCCGAGUCCAUCACUGAGGAAGAUGGUCCAACAUAUUCGCAGAAUGAACACAUUCAUGGAGACAAGUAUUGAGGAGCAUAUCAACACUUUUGACAAAAAUUGCAUUCGGGAUAUUACAGAUGCUCUCAUUGCACUUUGUGAGGACAGAGAGGAAAAUAAAGAUGCAUCUAUGCUUUCCAACUCACAGGUCAUUCACACUGUCAUAGACAUCUUUGGAGCAGGAUUUGACACCAUCAUUGCUGGUCUACAGUGGAGCCUCUUGUACCUCAUCAAGUUUCCUGACAUCCAGGAGAGAAUACACCAGGAAAUAGAUGACCACAUUGGCACAGGCAGACUCCCCAGGUUUUCAGACAAGCCUGAGAUGCCUUUCACUGAGGCGUUUAUCUAUGAAGUGUUUCGACAUGCCUCCUACGUUCCUUUCACCAUUCCUCACUGUACUACCAGAAACAUCACUUUGAAUGGGUACUUAAUUCCAAAAGAUACCUGUGUCUUCAUUAACCAGUAUCAAGUCAACCAUGAUAUUGACCUCUGGGGAGACCCUGACACAUUUCGGCCCGAACGCUUCUUGGGUUCAUCAGGACUCCUCAGCAAGGAGCUGACAGAGAAAGUUCUCAUCUUCGGCAUGGGCAAGAGACGCUGUCUUGGUGAUGGAUUUGCACGAUUGGAGAUGUUCAUCUUCCUCACCACGCUGCUUCACGGGCUGCAGAUUCAAAAUGUUCCUGGGCAGGAGUUGGAUCUCAGCACCGAUUUUGGCCUGACUAUGAAACCACGUCCAUAUAGGAUUACCAUCUCCUCAAGGUUUUAGAUACUUGUAAACCUAAAUGAUGUCCUGUCUGUACGUUUGACAAUAUCACAGACCAGAUGCUCAUUGCAUUAACAUUAGCUGUUACUGGCCAUGCGUUUCUUUCUCACCACGAACAGACUGAAGUAUCCAUUUUAGCAGAUCGAUCAAAACCCAAAUGAACAACAAAAGAGAAAGCUGGUCAUAUGUUAAAUAAAAUAUAGACACAACAAAAAAGCAGUCACUGCAGUAAAACAUUAACUUCUGGGACACAAUAUUUGCCAAUAGGAGGUCAUGUAAAUUACUUCUGUGUGUGUACAUUGAUAGGUUGAAAUCCCUCCACUUUCCUGUUGCACCACAUUAAAAAUGAAAGUAGCCUCAUUAUAAGCCUUUAUCUUAAGUAAUUAGUUACAGUUAAACACUGUGGGAGGGAGAGAGGGGGUGUUACACAUCAGCAAUCACUGCUUCAGGCUUCAAACUGUGCUCAUGGAGGGUUCAUCUUUGGUCUUCUCAGCCUUUUUCUCCCCUUCUGCACUUCUCAUAAACUUUUCUUUUGUCUCAUCCCUAUCAGUUAGAUUACAUUCAUCUUCUUGUCUCCCUCAUGUUCUAUUCCUCUGGCCACUGUAGUCUUCUCUAGUGGCUAGUUCUACUACCAUAACCUCCCACAUGCUCAGAUUACAUAUAGUAAGACAUUUCUAUAUGAGUUGAGACAUAUAUAUAUAUACAGAAGUAUGAGUUUGCAGAAAAAGUCUUCAGGGAGGAUUACUUAUGUGAAGAUGAAAAGUUGGAACCUUUCAUGACAGAUUCAUGUUUUCACAUAUAGAAGAAGCUAUUUCAGCCACAGACUCCACAUUGUUAAACCUGUUGUGCAGUUUGUCAAUGAUACAAAACAGAUUUCAGGUCACUUUUCACUAACAAAAGGUUGUGAAUUUUAAGUACUUUUAGUCCUGUUUAAAUGCUGAGGUCAUGUUUUUAGUUUUUAUUAUGAAUCUGAACAAUUAUGAAUGAAUUUCUUGUAAAUCCAUUGAAUUUGAUGUUUUGUUAUGCAUAACUGUGAUAGUUUUUUCUUUAUUAUUUAUAACUGUUACCUCUGGACUGCCAUCAUUAUAAUAAUUGCCAGGGUCUGCAGAUAAUAUUCUGGAAAAGGCAGCAGCUAUAGUCUCAUGUUCAUGAAAAAAAUGACUAAAAUAUUGUGAACUGAAAUAGCAAUGUGAAUAUCAACCUCUAACAACCUCUAC